AUGGCGAUUCUCUCAGGGACAAAAGAGGUGCAGUGCCAGCCACCCCCAGAUAUCCAAAAUGGGGCUUACAACAAUCAGGAAGGUGAAGCAUUUACCAGUGAAAUGUCUGUGACUUACACAUGCCAUCCUGGCUAUAUUCUUAUUGGAGAGGCAACUAUUUAUUGCACAAUGUCUGGCACAUGGUCUUCCCCUGCCCCUCAUUGCAAAGAGGAGAUGGUGAGCACUUUCAGAGAGCAGUUACUGACCACAGAGAGGCCUGCGUCAGCUUCCCCUCCCAUACUGACAAAUGAGCUGCUAGCAAGUGUCCAUAGCCUGAAAGUCAACUAUGAAAAUUCAGGAAAGUCAUGUGGAAAUCCUGGAGAACCUGAAAAUGGCAGACUCCUUGUGUCAGGAGAUUUUCUCUUUGGUUCUGCCAUAAAUUACAGCUGUGAAGAAGGAUACACACUAGUUGGUGAAUCUUCCAGACAGUGUUUGGUGGUAUCUGACCGAAAAGUAGCAUGGACUGGCAGUAUUGCCCUUUGUCAGAGUAUUUCAUGUUUGCCACCACCAGAUAUUCCCCAUGGCAGUCACAGUGGCAGAUAUUUGGACAACUUCUUCUAUGGGACAGCUAUAACAUACACUUGUGACAAAGGCCAUCCCCUCAUUGGAAAUGCCUCUAUCUUCUGUAUUACUAAGGAUGGGUCAAAUGGAGUGUGGAGUGGUCGUGCAUAUUGUGGAGUGGUUAGCUGUCCAUCUCCACAAAUAGAGAAUGGAAAAGUAGAAACUGGUUACUCUGUCACCUAUACAUAUAACCAAAGAAUAACAUUGUGUUGCAACGCUGGCCACAGAUUAGCUGGCUCACGAGAAAUCUAUUGCCAAGUGGAUGGAACAUGGGAUCCUCCCCUCCCUCGCUGUGAACAGGUAUCACAUUGCCCCUUGCCUCCAGACAUAGCCAAUGGAAAGAACAAUGGUACGGCUGCCAUUGGAUGUACAAUUCCAGAAAUUCAGAAUGGAAGAAUGACAAUAUUUCAAGUGCUAGUCAAACCUACAGGAACAAUUACAUUUGAAUGUGAUCCUGGCUACAUCCUAAAAGGCAACCAAACAAUUGAGUGCAAAUCUGACAACACAUGGGAAUCUCCUGUACCUGUCUGUGUCAGAGAGGUCCAAUGCCAGCAACCUCCAUAUGUCCAAAAUGGAGCUCACAACAAGCAGGAAGCAACAGUCUUUACCAAUGGGAUGUUUGUGGAAUACACAUGCAAUCCUGGCUAUGCUCUUACUGGCGAUGCGAUUAUUUAUUGCACAGACUCUGGCAUAUGGUCUUUCCCCACCCCUCGCUGUACAGUGGUGCAGUGCCCUCAACCACCAUAUGUCCAAAAUGGGGCAUACAACAGCCAGGGAACAGCAAUAUUCACCAGUGGAAUAACUGUAAAAUAUAGCUGUGAGACUGGCUAUAUUCUUACUGGAGAAGCAACAAUUAAUUGUACAGACUCUGGUACAUGGACUUUCCCUACUCCUCGUUGUGAAGUUAUGCAUUGUCUGUUGCCCCCAAGGAUUGCCCAUGGAACAUAUAUUGGAGUAGACUUCACCUAUGGGAAGAGUGUAAUAUACAUUUGCAAUGCAGGCUAUUCUCUCAUUGGAGAACAUGUAGUUUCCUGUAGUUUACAAGGCUCACAUUCUGUGAACUGGACAGAACCUCCCAAAUGCAAAGGAUGUCUUGCACCUCCAAAGAUUGCCAAUGGCAGAUGUGACACUAAAAUCCUGGGCGGCGAUUUCCCGUAUGGUUCAGUGGUAACUUACCAUUGUGAUCCCGGCUACUUUCUUACUGGAUCAGCAACAAUCCACUGCCUGUCUUCUGGAACAUGGGACCAGCCUGUCCCACAGUGUAAAAGGAGACAAUUCAGUAGCUGUGUAAGUCCAAAAAUUCAGAAUGGAAAAAUAACAAGAUCUAAAGUAGAAGAGAAAUCCACAGGGAUGAUUACAAUUGAAUGUAACCCUGGCUAUAUCCUCAAAGGCAACCAUACAAUCCGGUGCAUGUCUGAUAGAAUGUGGGACUCUCCUGUGCCCAUAUGUGUCAAGGGUUCCCCCUCUCCCCUACUUUCGGUUGUCCAAUGCCAGCAACCUCCACAUGUCCAAAACGGAAUUCACAAUAAGCAGGAAGUAACAGUCUUUACUAGUGGGAUGGCUGUGGAAUACACAUGCAAUCCUGGCUACAUUCUUACUGGAGAGGCAACUAUUUAUUGUAUAGACACUGGCACAUGGUCUUUCCCCACUCCUCACUGUAAAGAGGUACAGUGCCCUCUCCCCCCAUAUGUCCAAAAUGGGACUCACAGCAACAAAGAAACUGCAGUGUUCACCAGUGGAAUGUUUGUGAAAUACUCAUGUGAACCUGGCUAUACUAUUAUUGGAGAGGCAACAAUUUAUUGCACAGACUCUGGCACAUGGAAUCCCUCUGCCCCUUAUUGUGGAGUUAUGCAUUGUCCAGUACCACAAAAAAUUGCCCAUGGAAGGUAUAUUGGAGAAGAUUUCACAUAUGGAAAGUCUGUCAUAUACAUUUGUGAUGCUGGCUAUUCCCUCAUUGGAGAUCAUGAAGUUACUUGCAUUUUAGAAGGCUCAAAUUCUCUAAACUGGGCUGAACCUCCAAAAUGCAAAGGCUGUCUUGCACCUCCAGAAAUUGUCAAUGGGAAACAUGACACUGAAAUUAAAGAAGAUUUUCCAUAUGGCUCCUCGGUGACUUAUCACUGUGAUCCUGGUUACUUUCUUACUGGAGCAGCAACAAUAUACUGCUUAUCUUCUGGAACAUGGGAUCAACCUGUCCCUCACUGUAAAGUCAAACAGUUGGUAGAGUGUUCCUUACCUCCAAAUGUCCAGCAUGGGAAAUACAAUGCCUCAGAAUCAACAAAAUACAGCAGUGGAAAGUUUGUAAAAUAUAUUUGUGAACCUGGUUAUGUACUAAAAGGAGAAGCAACAAUAUAUUGCACAGCUUCUGGCAAGUGGAGCCUCCCUGUGCCAUACUGUGAUGAGAUUCGAUGCCAGCAACCCCCACAUAUCCAAAAUGGCACGUACAGCAACCUGGAAACAGAAGCAUUUAGUAGUGGAAUGUCUGUCAGAUACACUUGUGAGGCUGGGUACUCUCUUAUUGGAGAGGCAACUAUCUAUUGCAUAGAGUCUGGUUCAUGGAGCCUUCCUGCCCCUCGCUGUGAAGUUAUGCAUUGUCCGCUGCCACCAAGAAUUGGCCAUGGAAAGUACAUUGGAGAAAACUUUGUAUAUGGGAAGUCUGUAAUAUAUAUUUGUGAUGCAGGUUAUUCCCUUGUUGGACAGCGGGUGGUUACCUGUAUUUUAGAAGGCUCCAAUUCUGUAAACUGGACUGAACCUCCACAAUGCAAAGGAUGCCUUACACCUCCAGAGAUUGCCAAUGGAAAGUAUCACAAUGGCUCUGGAAUCCUGAAAGAUUUUCCUUAUGGCUCCUCAGUGACCUACCAUUGUGAUCCAGGCUAUUUUCUUAUUGGAGCAGGAACAAUAUACUGCCUAUCUUCUGGAUUAUGGGAUCACUCUGUGCCUCAGUGUAAAGUCAUACAAUCAGCUGGAUGCACCCUCCCAGAGAUUUCUGGUGGUAGGAAGAUAAAUGCAGAAACUGUGAUUGAGGUUGGAAAUAAUGUGACCUUGGAGUGUGAAGAAGGAUAUCUUUUGAAUGGUAGUCCUCAUGUUCAGUGUCAGCAUGGUUCCAUGUGGGAUCCUCCUGUACCAGUUUGUAAAUCAGCUUCCUAUGUUUCUGCUGCAAUAGGUUUUGGAUCUCUAAUUGUUAUCCUGCUUCUGGUUAUUUCUGGUGUUAUAGGGAUGAUGUUUUUAAAGCGGAAGAAAACCAAAUAUAUUCCUGGAAAGAGAAAAAUAUAUACAGGUCCAGUCAGUCAAGUUCAAGAACAGUCAAACAUAUCCGUCUGAAGGAGGAGUAAAAAGGCUUCUUUUUAAUCGUGACAGGUGGAAAUAUUUUCCUUUACUGGUAAUCUUCGAAACUUACUUAUAUUGGACAUAAGCAACUUGCUGUAUUCUACACUUUCUGAAAAGGACCUGCUUUAUCGGUUUUGUUAAUAAAACACUAACAGAAACUACUAUUGUACAAAAAUAACAGCAUAACAAGUAACACACUGAGUCCUCAUCAUCACCACACAAUGCUUUAAAAAGAGCAAUGGAACAAAUUACUUUUUUAAAGUUUUAUUCAUUUUGCACAAAGGAAAAUCUUCAUUCUAGGUAAUGGCUUCUCCAAUGGACUCCAGUUGCAGCAAUGAUAAAUGAAAGACCACCAAAGAUAUGGCAAUUAUGCUAGUGCUGACUUCUAUUCAUAUUUUAAAAAAAUAUUAUUUUAGCAAGUUUUAAAUCUUACUCUAGGAUUAAAUAUUGCCUCCAGAUUAUUUCACUGAUUUAUAUUUCAAAGCUAGCAAUGAGAGGUUAUAUACAAUUAAAGCAUGGAAAGAUUUGUUUUAAAAUGUGAAAUGUGUAAUAGGUAUCCAAGGGAAAUAAAAAUAAUGUUAUAGUAUGUUCAGUGAAACAUCUAUAGCUUUUAUACAAAAAA